UAUUAUUAUAAUAUAGCCAACCAAUAUCUAUCUUUAACAGUAUAUAAAUAUCUUUUUCAAUUAAAAAAAUUAUAUAAAUCGCUAAAAUUAAAAAUGGAUUCACAAGAAGAUGACUCAUAAUAGGUUUACAUGAGUGAUGAAGAAGAUGGGAAUAAAACAUAAAAGCAAAACUCUAGUCUGGAAGAUUUCGUUUUUGAAAAUAAGAGAGUUUUAAGGAGAAGAAAUUAGCAAAAAAUGUAAGGAUAAGAUGAAAAGGUAGAGCUUUAAUAAAAUGAAUAAUAAAAACAAAGACAAAAAAAUGGCAAUAAAAAAUAGUAAAAAUAAACAUAAAAAAUGGAGGAAGAUAUAAAUUAUAUUGAGUAAGAUGAGUAAUAAAAUAAUAAAAAUAAGCGUAAUCAGUCUACUAGAAGCAAAAGCUCUACAAAAAAAAGUACUAAAAAGUAAGAUAUGAUAGAUGAGUAAGAGGAAUUAGCGAAUAGCAACAAUAGCUAUAAAAAUGGAAAAGAGGAAGAGUAAGAAGAAAGUGGAAGUAAUUAUUAGGAAGAUGAAGAUAGCUCAGCUGAGGAUGUGUUAAGUAAGCCAAAAAAAUUAAAAUAAAUAAAGCAAGCUAAAGAAAAUGAAAAGAAAAAAGAAAAAGCAAAAAAUAAAAGUUAAAAUGAUAGAAAAAAGCAAAAAAGGAGUAUUAAUGAAAAGCUUUUAAACGAAUAUUCUGGUAUCAUAUUUGAUGCUCUUUAAGAUAUUCAAGAAAAAAAAAUUACAGUAGUAAGCUUAAGAAAAGCAGCAAAUAAUCUUUAACUCACUAAUAUUUCAGAUGAGCAAAUUAUAGAAAUGAUUAAUGUGAUGAAUGAGAAUCUGUACAAAGAGGAUGUUGAUGAAAAUCUUUUGAUACAUGAACUUAAUAAAAAUGACUUAGUUGAAAUUAUAAAAGAAUCUAAUUUUAAAUUUAAUUGA